AUGACUGCAAUAUCGACUGUAAAACCUUGCAUCCUGUGGACGAUCGAAGACCAACUCAGGAUUUAUGGCAACAUCGGCAAUGAACAAGGACGUCAAAAUGUACCACUUAGAGGGCUUAGAGAUAGGGGACGACUUUUUUCUAAUGACAGCACGAAUGACGAGGAUGUCCUUAGUAAUGAAGGGAAUUUAAGAGAACUAAUGCGGUUUAGAGUCGAGAGCGGCGACAAUUUAUUGAAAAAAAACCUUAGAGAACUCAAAAGGGCAUGCUACGUACAUAAGCAGCCGCAUCCAAAAUGAAAUCAUAGAAUUUAAUUCAAAAACUGGAGCUGAAGUAAUGGACAUAUUAGAAACAAUCUCUAAAAAUGUGCAUGGACUAAAUAGUAACGAAAACAAAAAUUUAAUAAGUACCAGAUUAAAAGCAGAAUUUGACCUUUGGAAAUCACGUACACAAGAUAUUAUAGACAAUGGAAUGUCACUGUGUUUAUAAUGUGAUGAAAACAUGUUUUCUUCAGUUAAUAAAUGGCACUAUUAUUGAUUUCAUUGCCGGUAAGUGUUGCGACAUCUGAAAGAAGUUCCUACCAUCUAAAGAGGAUAAAAACUUGGCUGCGCUCCAUUAUGUUACAAGAGCGAUUCGUGGGUAUAGCUCUUUUGUAUAUGCAUAGGGAUAUUAAAAUAGACGCGAAUACAAUCAUAGAUCAGUUCGCCAGCAAAAAGAAUAGUGCCCCUUUGAUUUUGUGAUAUGAUAACACCUGAACUUCGCCUGAGAUUGUCUCUCAAAUCCAUGUCUCUUCUGUUGGCCAAUAAAUAAAAAUGCAGGUGUAGUUAAGGGUUUACUUACGUUUAAAUCACCACGGUGAUCUUUUCCAAAGUAUCCAAUCAAGAUAUGUGGUUUUAUUUAUUGGCCAGCAGAUGUGUAUAAAAGUCUGUUCAAAUCACUUUCUAAGCUAAUUUAAUGAUUGUUUUAUUUUGAGACUGUGAACUGAUGUAGUUUCAUAGUUUAUAUGUUUUUGUUUUUGGAGACUGGCUAAGAGAGUGAAGUUAUGCAAU